GUACAUUCUGUGAGGUGGCGCUCUUACGGUGGACCGUGGAAGCCGACUUUCAUCGUGUUGUUCCAGCUGAUUUUCACGAGGCAGUGAAAGGCGGCCCUACUAAGAAGUCUUUUAAUUGUUGAAGGGGACAUAUUGGAAGAUGUCAAGGAAGAAACUGGAAGAACUUCUGGUCAUUGAGUCAAAUAUUCAGAAACUUUGGGAUGAAGAGAAAAUAUUUGAAGAAGAUGCCCCUCCACUAGUGGAUGCUGAGGGCGAUGAGACGUUCCUUGCUUGCUUUCCUUACCCUUAUAUGAAUGGACGUCUUCAUUUAGGCCACACAUUCACGCUUACUAAGAGUGAGUUUGCUGUUGGCUUCCAGAGGAUGAAGGGAAAGAAAUGCCUCUUUCCAUUUGGAUUGCACUGCACAGGCAUGCCUAUUAAGGCAAGUGCUGAUAAACUGAAGAGAGAGUUGGCAGAUUUUGGCUACCCACCAGAAUUCCCAGAGGAAGAGGAUAUUCAAGAAACUUCACAACCCCAGGAAGUUACCAUCAAGGACAAAGCCAAGGGAAAAAAAAGCAAAGCUGUGGCCAAAUCAGGAGGUAUGAAAUAUCAGUGGCAGAUUAUGAGAAGUCUUGGUCUUGGGGAUGAUGAAAUAAAGCAGUUCACUGAUGAAGAUCAUUGGCUAAAAUAUUUUCCCCCUCACUGUAUUGCUGAUCUCAAACGUGUGGGGCUCCAUGUGGACUGGAGGAGGUCCUUCAUCACUACAGAUCGCAACCCAUACUAUGAUUCAUUUGUGAGGUGGCAGUUUAUUCGGCUGAAAGAAAGGGGAAAGAUAAAGUUUGGGAAGAGGUACACUAUUUAUUCUCCCAAAGAUGGCCAACCUUGUAUGGACCAUGAUCGUUCAACAGGUGAAGGUGUGGGUCCCCAGGAAUACACUCUUAUCAAGAUGAAAGUUCAAGAACUGAAAGGGAAACUGGCUGGAUUAGCUCCCAAGCCUGUAUUUCUAAUAGCAGCUACAUUAAGGCCAGAGACAAUGUAUGGACAAACCAAUUGCUGGCUUGGACCUGAUUUAACUUAUGUUGCUGUUGAGACAAAGGCUGGUGAGGUAGUUAUAUGUACUCGCAGGGCUGCUAAAAAUAUGGCUUACCAAGGUAUGCUGAAGUUUGAAAAUGAAGUCAAGCCCAUUUUGGAACUUAAAGGACAUGAUCUGAUGGGAACAAAACUACGAGCUCCACUCACCAGUUACAAGACUAUCUACACUCUUCCAAUGUUAACUGUAAAGGAAGAAAAAGGAACAGGUGUUGUAACAUCUGUACCUUCUGAUGCUCCAGAUGAUUUUGCAGCUCUCAUGGAUUUAAAGAAUAAACCAGCUCUUCGUGAGAAGUAUGGAAUUACUGAGGAAAUGGUUAAUGUGGAACCUAUUCCUAUUAUUGAUGUUCCUGAAUAUGGGGCUCUGAGUGCACCCACUAUUUGUCAAGCAAUGGGUAUCAAAUCUCAGAAUGAUAGAGACAAGUUAGUUGAAGCCAAAGAAAAGGUUUACCUUCGAGGGUUUUAUGAAGGUAUGUUACUUGUUGGAGAAUUUAAAGGAAAGAAAGUACAAGAUGUUAAGAAAGGUAUACAGGAUAUGUUGGUUAAAAGAAAUGAAGCAAUGAUUUACCAGGAGCCUGAGAAACAGAUAAUUUCGCGCUCAGGUGAUGAAUGUGUUGUGGCUCUUUGUGAUCAGUGGUAUCUUGAUUAUGGUGAGCCAACAUGGAGGGCUGAAGCCCAGAAAAAUCUAGAUGCCAUGGAAGUAUUCCAUGAUGAAGUGCGAAGAAACUUUGAGGCUACUCUGGACUGGUUGAAAGGCCAUGCUUGUUCAAGGACAUAUGGUCUAGGGACUCGCCUUCCCUGGGAUGAACAAUGGUUGAUAGAAUCUCUGUCAGAUUCUACCAUUUACAUGUCUUAUUAUACUGUUGCACACAUACUUCAUUCUGAUGUUUAUGGAACAACAAAUAAAACUUACAAUGUUAAACCAGAGCAGAUGACACUAGAUGUUUGGGAUUUUGUAUUUUGUCAGACGAACGCAAUGCCCAAGACUACCAUUCCUAAGAAAACCGUAGAAAAGAUGCGUCAAGAAUUUUGUUACUGGUAUCCUGUUGAUUUGAGGGUAUCAGGAAAGGAUCUUGUUCCCAAUCACUUGACAUACUUCAUUUAUAAUCAUGCAGCCAUGUGGCCUACACAGCCAGAUAAAUGGCCAAAAGGAGUUCGUGCAAAUGGACAUUUGUUACUUAAUUCAGAAAAGAUGUCCAAGUCAACAGGAAAUUUCCUUACUCUUACUGAUGCAUUAGAUUGUUAUGGUGCUGAUGGUAUGCGUCUUGCCUUGGCUAACUCCGGUGACUCUGUAGAGGAUGCCAAUUUUGAAACACAAGUUGCUGACUCGGGAGUACUCAGGUUAUGGACCUUUGUUGAAUUGGCAAAAGAGCUGCUUGCAGAGAAGGACUCCAUGCGCACAGGAAGUGACUCUACUGUAAAUGAUGAGAUGUUUAUAUCAGAGAUGAAUUUGAAGAUUCGAGAAACUGAUGAAAAUUUCAAAGCAAUGAUGUUCAAGGAAGCACUUCGUACUGGGUUCUUUGAAUAUAGUAACCUUUUCCAUCAAUACCGUGAGCGAGCUCAGGUUCAGACAGGCAUGCAUUGGGACCUUGUUUAUCGUUAUCUAACAACUCAAGUUCUUAUUCUUUCUCCAGUGUGCCCUCAUAUUUGUGAUUAUGUUUGGAGAAAUAUCCUUGGAAACACAAAAUCUAUUUUACAUUCUAGUUGGCCAACAGCUGACGAACCUAACCUGUCACUUGUUAAGGCUUCAGAAUAUCUUGCAGAUGCAUCUCACAGGUUCCGUUUACGUUUGAAGUCUCACAUGACUCCAGGUAAAGGAAAGCGGGAGAGUGCUGUUGUACCUCAGGCUCCUUCGCAUGGAACCAUUUGGGUAGCAAAGACUUUCCCAAAAUGGCAGAGUACCAUUUUAGAAACUAUGCAUGGACUCUACAAAUCAAAUAAUAAUUGCUUACCUGAUAACAAAGUUAUUUCUAAAACUCUGGGAAGUAUUACAGAUUUGAAGAAGUACAUGAAGAAAGUUAUGCCUUUUGCUCAAGCAGUAAGGGAAAGGAUGAACAUCCAAGGAGAAAAAGCUCUGUCGAACACUGUGGAUUUUGAUGAACGCAAAAUUUUGGAAGAGAACUUGGACUUCCUCCGUGGUACUUUGGACUUGGAAGGAAUUGAAAUUCGCUGGACAGAGGAAUGUGAAAGUGAGCGCACUCAAGAGGAAGUUGUUCCUGCUGAACCUUUCCUAACUUUUACAACUGCACCCAACAUUGUUGUGACUUUAGUUAAUCCUCAGCCGUAUAAUGGUAUCUUCAGUUGUGAGCUUCCUAUAUUUGAUAACGAUACACCAGCCUCCAUUUUUGCCCGUUUGAGACGCCAAGAACGUUGUAUAAAACCAUCCAUGAAGUUAUCUUACUACCGAUAUACAGAUACAAACUUUGGACCUCGCAUCCUUCCAUCACUAGCAGAGCCACUGAAAGGUACUGAAGCUAUUCCUGAAAAUGCAAUAUUAAAUUUGAAGGACAACAGAGUAUUCCUAUGUUUUAAUGGAACUUCAUUAUGUAUUGGGAGUAAAAUAAUGUAUAUGGUUCAAUAGGAUGUAAUUUUAAUAUAUUCUAUUAAAUGCC